CUGAGCAAUAUGGCGUCCAAUGUGCUGAUCGCACUGUCCAUAGCUAUAGGAAUCUUUUUUGUUUUCACUGGUAGCUUGAAGGUCACGCCUGCACUUAAUAAGCAGAUACACGAUGAACUCAGAAAAGAUUUUGGUAAAUAUGCCAGAGAUUUCCCGUUGAGACAGUACACUGGAUGGAAACCCAAGUCUAAACUUUACAUGAAGACUAUUGGAUGGUUUGAAGUGAUAUGUGGUGCAGUACUGGUAUUUUUACCAAGCUCUAAACUUAAAAACCUUGCAAACUUGAUACUACUAGGAAUAAUUACAGGUGCAAUCUACACCCACCAUAUUAUAGGAGAUCCUAUCGCAAAGUCCACUGGUGCCAUUAUUUUCUGGCUAUUACUGGUCACUAGGUUUAUAAUUGCUGUUAAAUUCCAACCCAAGGAACGAAAGUUAAAGUCACGAUAGAGUGCCAUGAUGUUACACAAUGUAAUAGCUGGCAAUAAAAAAUGGGUUAAAUCAUAGUAAAGGUCAAAUCAUUAGUGAAAGUUCAAGUGUCAAAUCAUAGUGAAUGACAUUUUUAGAGUCAAAUUAUUAGUGAAAUGUUAAGUGUCAAAUCAUAGUAAAUGAAAUUCCCAGGGUCAAAUCAUAGUGAAGGAUCUGAUCAGAGAGGUUUUAUCUGAGUAAGAUAAUUGUGUAAAUUUGUAAUUGUUGUUGGUCGACCAUUAAAAUUUAGUUUAAAACUAUAAUUGAAGGAAAAGCAAAAUUUAAUAGGUCUUCUCCAAAUCUGAAGUUUUCAAUUGUCAUCUCCUUGCCACUAUGAAUAGAAUGAAUAUUCACAGUGUUCUGUUUGUAAAUAAUUUUAUAUUAAUUAAAAGAUAAUUUUAAAGUUCGUUGAUUGCAAUGUGAAAUUUAAAUAACUCUUUUUCAGUAUGAAUUAUAUGCACCUUUUGUAUGUUCGAGUUCCCUCACUCCCCCUCCCCCUCCUCCUCCUCCCUACUUCACUCACUGGCAAUUCUAUAGCCAUAUCAGCAAUUUAUAAACAAAGUCAAAAUCCAAUUUCUAGUACGUCAUUUCAAAAUCACCUUUUAAUCAUGUCAUUGUGGCAAUAUA